AUGCAUGCUAGAAAGUGGAUUUCAAAUUCACUAGAAGUGUUAGAAACAAUACCAGAAGAAGAUAGAGCAGCAGAAAUAGAUAUAGGAACAGGAAAUCUGCCAACAACUAAAGCUCUUGGAAUAUCCUGGCAAGCAAAACAUGAUGAAUCUAUAUUCAAAGUCGGUGACGAAAUGACCAUGCCAGAUGAAAUCACAAAGAGAAAUGUAUUGAAGACUGUUUGUAGGAUAUUUGAUCCUUUAGGUUUUUUAGCGCCAUAUGUAGUGCGAGGGAAACAAAUCAUGCAAGACAUCUGGUUAAGUGGGGUUGACUGGGAUGAAAACGUGAGAGAAGCAGAGAAGUUGAAUUUUGAAAGGUGGUUCGAAGAGCUUAAACAUUUAGAUAAGAUCAAGAUUUCACGUUGUCUCAAAAACGAAAAUAAUGAAACACAGCUGAAGUCAAUGUCAAUUCAUACAUUUGUAGAUGCGUCAUCAAUUGCAUAUGGAGCCGUAACAUAUUUGAGAUGUGAGUAUGAAAAUGAUGAUGUGACUGUACGCUUUGUAGCUGCAAAAAGUCGUGUUGCUCCCACAGAAUCUACUAGUAUCCCAAGACUUGAACUACUCGCAGCAACACUUGGUUUAAAACUGACAUCAAGGAUUUGCAAAACUCUUGAAAUAGAAAUCAAACAAGUAACAUUAUGGUCGGACAGCAUGAAUGUUAUAUAUUGGAUACGAAAAAACAGCAGACAAUUCAAAACAUUUGUUGCAAACAGAAUUGCUGAAAUUCACAGAGUAACAAAUCUAAGUCAAUGGAGAUAUGUUCCAACAAACGAAAACCCAGCAGGCCAGUGUCAAGAGGUUUACCUGUUAACAGUCUUGCUGUUGCGAACAAUUGUUGGGAAGGCACCAGCUUCCUAA